GCGUCAGACUGGUCGUGGGGCUGGUCGUGGAGCUGGCCAUGGGACUGGCCGUGGAGCUGGCUGUCGGGCUGGCCGUCGGGCUGGCCGUUGGGCUGGCAGCCGGGCUGGCCGUCGGACUGGUCGCAGGGCUGGUAAUCGGGUUGGUCGUGGGGCUGGCGGUCGGGCUGGCCACGGGGCUGGCCAAAGGGCUGGCUGCAGGGAUGGUCGUGGGGCUGGCAGUCGGGCUGGCCGUCAGAAUGUCCGUGAGGCUGGUCAAGGGAGCUGGCGGUCAGGCCGUGAGGCUGGCAGUCGGGCUGGCCGUCGGGCUGGCCGUGGGGCGGGCCGUCGGGCUGGCCGUGGGACUGGCCGUGGGACUGUCCGUGGGGCUGGCCUUGGGGCUGGCCAUGGGGAUGGCAGUCGGAUUGGCCGUGGGGCUGUCGGUCGGGCUGGCCGUGGGACUGGCCGUGGGGCUGGCCGUGGGGCUGGAGGUCAGGCUGGCCGUGGGGCUGGCCGUGGCGCUGGUCGUGGGGGUGGCCGUGGGGCCGGCCGUGGAGCUGGAAGUCGGGCUGGCCGUGGGGCCGGCCGUGGGGCUGGCAAUCGGGCUGGCCGUCAAGCUGGCCGUGGGGCUAGCAGUCGGGCUGGCCGUAUGGCCGGGCGUGGGGCUGGCAAUCGGGCUGGCCGUCAAGCUGGCCGUGGGGCCGGCCGCGAGGCUGGCAGUCGGGCUGGCCGCGGGGCUGGCAGUCGGGUCGGCCGUCGGGCUGGCCGUGGGGCUGGCCGGGCUGGUCGUGGGACUGGCCAUGGGGCUGGCAGUCGGGUCGGCCGUCGGGCUGGCCGUGGAGCUGGCCGCGGGGUUGGCCGUGGGGCUGGCCGUGGGGCUGGCAGUCGGGCUGGCCACGGGGCGGGCCAACGGGCUAGCCGUCGGGCUGGUCGCCAGGCUGGCCGCGGGGCUGGCACUCGGGCUGCCCGUGGGGCUGGCAGUCGGCCUGGCCGUCGGGCUGGCCGUGGGGCUGGCAGUCGGGUUGGCCGUGGGGCUGGCCGUGGAGCCGGCCGUGGGGCUGGCAGUCGGGCUGGCCUUGGGGUUGGCCGUGGGACUGGCCGCGUGGCUGGCAAUCGGGCUGGCCUCGAGCUGGAGACCGUCGGGCUGGCCGUACGUGGGGCGGGCAGUCGGGUUGGCCGUGGGGCUGUCCGUGGGGCUGGCGGCCGGACUGGCCGUGGGGCUGGCAGUGGGGCUGGCCGCGAGGCUGGCAAUCAGGCUGGCCACGGGACUGGCUGUCGGGCUGGCCGUCCGGCUGGCCACGGGACUGGCCGGCUGGCCGGGCUGGCCGUGGGACUGGACGUGGGCAAG